UUCCACGUUUGGUUGCCUCUCUCUCUCUCUCUCUCCGUGUUGCUUUUUUAAUCAAUCUCCCACUCUAACUCAACUCCAGCUCCAGCUCCAGAGAGAGAGAGAGAGAGAGAUCAAACACGUCAUAUACCCUCCCCCCCAAAUCAAAAGAUCAAUAUAGCAAUUUAUCGAUCAGAGAGAGAGAGAGAGCUACCUCUGUUCCCGGAACAAACAAAGUAAACAAGAAUGGCUCUCUGCAGGCUCAACACCUUCCCAUCUCACACGCUCAUCCCUUGUUCUUCUUCUUCUUCUUCUUCUAAGUCCCGCAAUUUCAGAUCUCCAAAAAUCUUCAUGGCCUCCACUCCUUAUUCCGUCUCCAGAGAGACUGAGAAGAUGAAGAAAACUCAAUUCCCUCCACGCGAGUCACACAUUCAAGUGACUCAUUCCAUGCCUCCUGAACACCUUGAGAUCUUCAAGUCCUUAGAGGAGUGGGCUGAUGAUAACAUCUUGGUGCACCUAAAGCCUGUUGAGAAAUGUUGGCAAGCACAAGAUUUUCUUCCUGCCCCUGAGUCGGAGGGAUUCUAUGAGCAAGUAAAGGAGUUGAGGGAAAGAGCAAAAGAAAUUCCUGAUGAUUAUUUUGUGGUCUUGGUUGGAGAUAUGGUCACAGAAGAAGCUCUUCCAACAUACCAGACAAUGCUUAAUACUCUAGAUGGAGUUCGGGAUGAGACUGGUGCAAGCCUCACCUCCUGGGCAAGAUGGACCAGGGCAUGGACUGCUGAAGAGAAUAGGCAUGGAGACCUUCUAAACAAGUAUCUCUAUCUCUCUGGACGAGUAGACAUGAAACAAAUCGAGAAGACAAUUCAGUAUCUUAUUGGAUCAGGAAUGGAUCCUAAAACGGAGAACAAUCCCUACCUUGGUUUCAUUUAUACUUCAUUUCAAGAGAGGGCUACCUUCAUCUCCCAUGGGAACACAGCCAGGCAAGCAAAAGAGCAUGGGGACAUGAAAUUGGCUCAGAUAUGUGGCACCAUUGCCUCGGAUGAAAAACGUCAUGAAACUGCCUAUACAAAGAUUGUGGAGAAGCUCUUUGAGAUAGACCCAGAUGGCACUGUAUUGGCUUUAGCUGACAUGAUGAAGAAAAAAAUAACAAUGCCUGCCCACUUGAUGUAUGAUGGUCAGGAUUAUAAUCUUUUCGAGAAUUUCUCAGCUGUUGCCCAGCGGCUGGAAGUUUAUACGGCCAAGGAUUACGCUGAUAUUUUGGAGUUUCUGGUUGGUAGAUGGAAAGUAGAGGAGUUGACUGGUCUUUCUGGUGAGGGUCGUAGAGCACAAGAUUUCGUAUGUGGAUUGCCACCGAGAAUUAGAAGGUUGGAGGAGAGAGCUCAGGGAAGAGCCAAGAAAUCAUCCAGUGUUCCAUUCAGCUGGCUUUUUGGUAGAGAGAUAAUUGUUUAAGUGCUGUGCUGCAUGUGGUUCGCAUACACCCGCACCAUCUUCAUCUUGUCUCCUGGAGUAUGUGAGAAACAAUUUGCCAGUGUACCACUGGGGUUGGUUUGCUCUGUGAUGAGACUUCUUUUUGUAGAUACACUAUUUUCUUUCUAUUGUACUCUGAGAGAAUUAUAGUUGUGCCCAUAUUAUUAUAGUUGUCUAUUCAAUUCAGAAUGGCGAGAUCAAAAGCUCUCUCGUCUUUUUUGUUUUCUAGAAUAAUCAAAUAA